AUGGGCCGUUCUGCGCGCAUGCACGCGUUGCCAUCAUUUACACUCGUUCUCACCUCCGACCGGCCUCUUAACCGCCACCUCUCGGUUUUCAUUGAGCCAGACCCACAGUGGUCGCCACCGUCGUAUAUGAGUCAGUCCACUCCCACACCAAUUUCGGACUACUUGUUGAAGACGAUCGAUCAGCCUUUGCAAGACGGACGUUUUGCGUAUUCACAGCAGAACGACUCAUUCACGAACGUUGAUCAUGAUGAUAACGAUGAUGCCAAGACGAUUUUCGAAGAGAAGGGGCCGACCACGUCAACAGGUGUCGACUCGGAGAAGGGGACUAAUAAGACGAUAGUGCGUGCUCUGGCCAGCAUAGUUGUGCACCUGCGCACGACCGGGUUGCGUCUGCCUCCGAAGAUGGCGAAUUCGAUUGCUCCAAAGUUCCUGCGGCAUUGA